AUGAAGCUCACAUGCCAGCUGGCGGCCUUUUGCGGCCUUGCAUCCGGGGCCGUGGCGCUUGUUGCUACUCGCGCCGGCUAUGAGGUUGUUGACAGCAUCGGAACAUACCAAAUCACACCUGGUGGCGACUGGGUGACGCUUAACGGCACCGUCCAGGAAGUACACUCUCAGCUCCUGAAGCUGAACCCAAACUACGACACGGACUUUCCUGAAGGUGAGGCGGAUGAUGGAGGCUCGACCCGUGCUGCACGAGACCUGCUUGACAUCGACAUUGGCAAGACAGGCGGUACAGAGAUCGUGGCGCCAAUCGUGUGGAAGAACCAACACGUGGACUGCACCCCAAGAUAG